AUGGGCGGUUUGAUGCUUAGGCCACCGCCAGACACGCCUGGUAAGGCGUGGCCUGCUAUUUGCAUUGGUCUCUUCGUCGCCUUUGGUGGUGUCCUGUUCGGAUAUGAUACUGGUACCAUCUCAGGUAUCCUGGCUAUGCCAUACUGGAAGCGCGAAUUCGCUACACAGGCCGAUGGCAACCUCACAGCGAGUGAGGACUCUCUAAUCGUUUCUAUUCUGUCUGCUGGUACCUUUUUCGGAGCUCUCACUGCCGCACCGGUCGGUGACUGGAUGGGACGUCGCCUUGGUCUUAUGUUUUCUGCUGGUGUUGUCUUCAACGCUGGUGUUAUCAUGCAAACUGCCUCCACUUCUCAGCCCCUGUUCAUUGCUGGUCGUUUCUUCGCUGGUUACGGAGUUGGUCUCAUCUCCGCUCUCAUUCCCAUGUACCAGUCCGAGACUUCGCCGAAGUGGAUUCGUGGAACCAUUGUCGGUGCCUACCAACUUGCUAUCACCAUUGGUCUCUUCCUCGCAGCCAUUGUGAACAACUCCACCAAGGACCGCACUGAUUCUGGAUCUUACCGUAUUCCAAUCGCAGUCCAGUUCUUGUGGUCGAUCAUCGUCGUCGUUGGACUGUUUUUCCUUCCCGAGACACCGCGCUACCUCAUCAAGAUGGACAAGUACGAAGCUGCCGCAAAGAGCUUGGGCAAGCUGCGCCGCCUUCCCGUUGACCACCCCGCCGUCGUGGAGGAACUCAACGAGGUCCAGGCCAACCACCUGUACGAGAUGUCGCUCGGUAAAUCCACUUACCUCGACACCGUGAAGGGCACACUCGGCAAGCGUCUCCUCACCGGAUGCUUGUUGCAAUCCCUCCAACAGCUUACUGGUGUCAACUUCAUCUUCUACUACGGAACACAGUACUUCCAGAACGCUGGUUUCAGGGACCCCUUCAUCAUCUCCGUCAUCACCAACUGCGUGAACGUUGCCUCUACUCUGCCCGGUCUGUGGAUGGUGGAACGCCUUGGACGUCGCAACCUCCUUCUCUUCGGAGCCAUUGGCAUGUGCGUGUGUCAAUACAUUGUCGCCAUCACCGGUACCGUUGCUGGAACAACUGACCUUCCCGCUCAACAAGCCGCCAUUGCCUUUGUGUGCAUUUACAUCUUCUUCUUCGCUUGUUCAUGGGGUCCCGUUGCCUGGGUCGUCACCGGUGAACUUUUCCCCCUCAAGGCUCGUGCCAAGUGUCUCUCCAUGACCACCGCCUCCAAUUGGCUCCUCAACUGGGCUAUCGCCUACUCCACCCCCUACAUGGUCGACGAAGAACACGCCAACCUCGAAUCCAAGGUCUUCUUCGUCUGGGGCUCCUUCUGCUUCGUCUGCAUCGCUUUCGUCUACUUCAUGAUCUACGAGACCAAGGGUCUGUCGCUCGAGCAAGUCGACGAGCUGUACGGUGUUGUGUCCCAGGCGUGGAAGAGCAAGACGUUUGUGCCCCAGGUCUCGUUUGCCGAUGUUGAUCAUGAGAAGAACCGUGGGAUGAGUCUUACGGAUAUUGCGCAGAAUCAGGAGCGCAAGAGGAGUGUGCAGCAUGAUGAGCAGAUGCCCACCAAGGCUGUUUAA